GAAGCUCAGGUGCCAGAGCCAGGCUCCAGGGCCCAGGCACCGGAAGGUCAUGAAGCUGGGACUCGUCUGUGCUCUGCUUGCUGUCCUGGCAGGGACCAGCCGGGCAGAUACUAGAGCCAUUGGCGCCCAGGAGUGCCAACCCAACUCACAGCCCUGGCAGGCCGGCCUUUUCUACCGCACCCACCUCUUGUGUGGAGCGUCCCUCAUCAGUGACCGCUGGCUGCUCACUGCUGCCCACUGUCACAAGCGGCAGCUGUGGGCCCGCCUGGGGGAGCACCACCUCUGGAGAUGGGAGGGUCGAGAGCAGCUGUUCCGGGUCAAGGACUUCUUUCCCCACCCUGGGUUCAACAAAGACCUCAGGGCCCAAGAUCACAACGAUGACAUCAUGCUGAUCCGCCUGCCCAGGCAGGCACGCCUGGGCCCUGCCGUGCAGCCCCUCAACCUCAGUCAGACCUGCGUCUCCCCAGGCACCCAGUGCCUCAUCUCAGGCUGGGGGGCCGUGUCCAGCCCCUCAGUGCAGUACCCACUCACGCUGCAGUGUGCCAACAUCAGCAUCCUGGAGCCUAUACUCUGCCACUGGGCAUAUCCAGGCCACAUCACCAAGAGCAUGCUCUGUGCCGGCCUGUGGGAGGGGGGCCGGGGCUCCUGCCAGGGUGACUCUGGAGGCCCCCUGGUUUGCAACGGGACCCUGGCUGGUGUGGUGUCUGGGGGAUCAGAGCCCUGCUCCAGACCCCGGCGCCCUGCUGUCUACACUAGCGUAUGCCACUAUGUGGACUGGAUCAGGAAGACCAUGGAAAACAACUGAGCCCUGCUUCCUCGGAUGACUAAGAAAGGAGAGGACCACGGGGUUCCAGCUUCAGCGGUCCCCACCUUUGGCCUCAGAUGUCCUGAAGCAGCUUCUGCCCCCCGCAGAGCAGCGUCACCUGGCGGCUCUGCCGCGGGAGGGACAGCCACCAAGGAGCUCCUCCCCUCGGAACUUCGGCCAAUGAGACGUCCC